AUGUGGUGCUUUUCACGAAGAGCUUCACCGCUGCAAAGCAAGCACCAAACCCAGAGUACAACCUCGAAACCAAAGAAGCAUUCAUCCACCGCAUCAGAUUCGAAGAGCCGCGUGGAUUCCCUAAUCUCCGAUAUCGAAGCUCACAGAAAAUCUCAAGCAUCUUCUCUGAGCACCGCUCGCCGCGGGUCUACCAGCUCCCUUGGCACCAUGUUUGUCGACGUUAAUGACGAAACUGGAGAAAUGGAAGUUUCUUAUCGAAACCGCGAGAAGAUUCCCCGUGAGAUCGACAUGAAGAUCCGUGAACGUAGACGAGGCGGAUUCUUCGUCUCCGGCACUGAUCGUGCGAGUGGAUUUGACUAUGACUAUGACGGUCGUGUCAUGCACGUUCAUCGCAAUGCUCGUCGUGGCUCGUCGUCGACCAUCUCUGAUUAUUACGAGCUCGACGCUAAGAAGUAUGAGCCUGGUGCUGAUGUGAUCGCCCGUAGCGACGAAGACACUGACGAUCAAGCUCCUAAAAACAAGCAGCAGAAGGAAGUGGAUUUCAUCCGUACACUUAUCCAGAAGUUUGAUAACCACAAUAUAUGGAAGCGCUUUAAGGAAGAAGCCGAACCACUCAACAAGAAGAUGAGGAAGAAGAGUGGAAGGAGGAGGAAAGCAACUCAUCCUAAAUCUAGUCACUCCGAUCACUCUUCUAGGAAGGACAGGCACGAGGAAGAGACCCACUCCAGGUCUCAUCAUUCUAAUCAUUCUUCUAUGAAGAAUAGGUCUCACCGUUCUCAUAAAUCUUCUACAAACAGUAGAAGUGAGGACAUCUACACUCCUAAAAGCCCAUUAGCACCCCCCUCAGUCUCUUCGAGAAGCAAGGAGGCAUACGUUGAGUCUAUCGCAGACAACUACUCGAUGUACCCGAACUUGUCAUGCAACCCACUCCCCGUUCCAUCGACCUUCUCACAUCGACACGACACCAUUACAUCAGCACCCUCAUCGAGAACCGAAAAAGGCAAGGAACCCAUGAGGCAAGCCUACCCAGAUCCUCCACCCUCACCCCCUCCGGUCCCCUCACGCAGUCCUAAAAGGGGCCGAAGGUACCCCGCAUCUUCUGUAUACUCUCAAGAGACGUUUUAUCCGGAGUCCCGCGCUCCUUCUCGCGCCGCUCCUUCCACCGCUCCUCGGCCCGCUCGCUUGGCUCAACCAUCUAUCAUGUCGAAGGCGAGCCUCAUCCCACCACCCCUCAACGUCAGGACUUUUCCGCCUCCAACCAGUUCCAGGGCACCAUCUGCGGCCCCAACAUCCAAAGGACCAUCCGCAUACUACCCCUCCUUUUUGCGUCCAGGGGCCAGUCAGUAUGCGCCGUCUUCUGUGGGCGUUCCUUACGAUGCGUUCUCCUGGUCGUCGAGUGUGACGGAAUUACCGUUCUCCGAUAAUAGGUCGGAAGACGAGGAUGAGCCUACGUGGGAGCGACAUGGAGGCAAUCCUCCAUUUUCUUAAAUAUUUCUUUUUGUUUUUGUAGGCGUUGGACAUUCCUUUGUAUCUGAUGGAUUAGCUUGUGGGAGAGUCUAGAUCGGCAUCCAGAUUUUUCUCUUUCUUGACGUGCUUAUUAAAUGGGACCAAUUAUGAGUCCUAUGUGUGAGCUGGAAGAGAGAGAAAGCGAUGUGAUUAUCUUCCUCUUUCUCGAAGUUCUUAUUGAAUGGGACCGAGUAUGAGUCCCGGAUGUGAGCUGCGAGAGAGAGAGAGAUGGUUGAGACGUUACCUACGCGAUGGAUGGACUCAGUAAUGUCGCCGUUUAUGAGCGCGUUUAUUGGUCUGGAAUGCGUAGCUGGGAUAGUUUGUGCUGAAUUCGAAGCAAGCGAAUCUAGAGAUGAAUAAAUACGAACAAUGCGCAGUACUUAUUUACAUGUCUGGUAUAUGAAUUGAAGUCCGAUAUCAUCUUAUUUUCGUACGUGCAAAUUUUAAUAAGGAAUGGAAGUCUUCUUCGGAAUUCUCAAUAAAUCAAUUUGCCAAAUCUCUUACUUCGUGUUGGCGAAUCCUAACUAUACUGUGUGCUGACCU